AUGCACUUCGUCAGUACCCUCCUCCUCGGCGCUCUGGUCACGCUCCGUGUGGCGGCCGCCCCGGCCGCUACAGUAGUGUCACCACGGGAGGCCAAUGUCGUAUCAACCACGCAGAUGUCGAGCUACGCGCCCUUCACGCAGUUUGCGCUCGCCGCAUAUUGCGACGGCACUGCGACUUGGUCGUGCGGUGACGCAUGCGACUCCGUGUCCAGCUUCCGGCCCUCGCUCGCCGGUGGCGACGGGAACGCGGUCCAGAAAUACUACGUCGGGUACUGGCCUGACCAAAACGCGGUGGUCAUCGCGUACGAAGGCACUGAUCCACCCAGUUGUGCCCUCUCGGAUUUGACGGACGUCGACCUCUUCCUGGCGCCGCUCGACGCGACCCUCUUCCCUGGGAUCCCUUCCUCCGCCGAGGUGCACGAGGGCUUCGCGAACGAGCACGCAAUCGAAGCGUCUGCUAUCCUUGCUGAAACCAAGAGUCUCCUCAGCAGCAAGGGUGCCACCACGGUCAUCACGGUUGGGCACUCGCUCGGAGGAGCACUGGCCGAGCUGUCGGCGCUCUUCAUGACACUCAACCUGCCGUCGAGUGUUCAUGUCAAGUCCGUCACCUUUGGUACCCCACGCGUGUCCGAUUUCGUCCGCAUCAACCACGACCACGACCCGAUCCCGAUCGUCCCCGGACGUUCUCUCGGGUUCCGGCACGUCCACGGGGAGAUCCACAUCCUGGACUCAAACGGAAAAGCGUACGCGUGCAGCCCUGACGACGAUGCCACGGACUCGCAAUGCACGAUCUCAACGGUACCCAACAUCUUCGAUAGCAACAUCCUCGACCAUCUUGGCCCUUACGAAGGGACUUACUUGGGCACCAUCUUUUGUUAA